AAAUUAUCCUGAUGGCUGCUUAACAAAUGGAUGUGAAAUAUUGAGCUAAGCUUAAAUGUUUUCAUUUUUCAAAUGUAUGUGCCCUCGUAAUCGUAAAUUCAACAUGAUUAACACCAUCAAACACAAUUUCUUCUCUAUGUGAUGUAAGAAUAAUAUUGGCUGUCCUAUGGUCAAGCUUAUAACUGCUAGCGAUCCAAUCCAUUUAUUAAGCCCCACCCUAUUUUUUUCACUCAAAUAUAACUGAAAGAACACAAUCACAACUGCAGUUUCAUGCCGACUGUAAUUCUUGUCUAAUUAACGCUCAUGUCUGCUUUUUUUAUUGACUUUUAUAUUAUUAUUACAAAAUUGGGUCUUGUGCUUAUUCAAAUAUGUUCUAGAAUAAACAAAUGUAUUGCAAAAUGAAUUUAGCAGCAGCUAAUGACUUGUGAACCUAAUUCACACCCUUCGAAAUACAGACUGUUUCUAUUUUUGGAUGUUCUCAUCUUAUGCAAAUCGAAAGCUUUGUUUACAACUUUAAUGAAAUGCAAAUUGAAUAAAGUUUCUUGUUCCCUUUUUUUAUUAAGAGGAACUCUAAAUGACCGCCAACGUCUCUGUGCCCUGAUGGGAGAGUCACUUGUGAAAGAUGUUGACAAGCAAAAACCACAUCAAAAUCCGGAAGUUGACGGAGUUAACCCAUGAUGGGGACCUUGUUGUGGUUACACGUCAGAGGCUCUCUUUAGGCAUUGCGUUCGUGUAACAGAAAUGAAAACGCUCAAGCCUGUAAGAGUUAUUUUGGGGGAGUUCCUGAGGUGAGUACCAGAAAUGUACAUAGAUCUUCCUGAGGGUGGAAAGUGACGGGGGUGGUCAAAACAGCUGCCAGAUGUGGAGGAGUCCCAUGAGCCCCGUCACAUUCCCACAGACAAUGCGUGGCCUGUGAAGUCGCCACAGGAAGUGAGGUCAGGGUUCCUGACCCCUCCUCCGAUCUGACAGAAAUGCAGAGUUCAAAUUGGUGUCUUUCAGACAUCUUGGAGAUGCAACAUUUAUGGCAGUAAAUGUACACAAACUGUCUGACAGGUAUUGCGCUGUAUUUAGCAUCUGUGUAUAACUGCCAUGCAAAGUGAAAUCUGAUAUCACAGAUCCAGAUUUUUCUUGAUUGUUUCUCAAACAAAAUCGCUUCAAAGGGAUGUUUAACCUGUAAUAUCAGGUGCUUUCUAGUGGAUGUAUCGUUACUCUUGACUCACUUAUUUCCAUAUACGCUAAAGGGGCUUAUCAUGAAAAAGUUAACCAUAUGUUUCUUAUUAGGAGGAGUUUUAACUAACAACAAACAAACCUUGGAUUGUAAUGCGGUUGAAGCAUAUCAUUUAUGAUUCACUUUUGCCCUCUUUACACAAACACGAUACAACAUUGCCCCAAUCACAAACAAGCCUAGACCAAGCCGCACACACCUGAGGCGAAACUUGUUCAUCAAGACAAAAAAAAACUCAUGAUACUCUCAGACACCAUUGCAUCUGAUUACUAUAAAAAUAAGGGGAAACCAAAUGAGUCAGCAAAGGUCCUGCCUGCUUUUCUCCUUCACACAUGUGAGGACAGAUGCAAGUAUGACUGACGUGUGACCACUUGCAUUUGAAACAAUAGGCUCUUGGUUCGAUGAAGAUGACGUCAUUUCAAAAGUCACCCUUGAGCUGUCAUUAAAAGUUAUUAGAGUCACAAGAUUUGAUGGGGAACCGUAUUGAAAUGUGAGAAAACGACGAGGACAAAACAACGAAGUGCGGAGCGGAAGUGAGGAGGUGGAACCCAAAAAAGGACGAAAAACAUCUGGACCUCAUUUGUACCCUGGGGGAAAAUAAAAUGAAAUACCUCCAUAAAUCGGAAGUUUUAAAUCUUAACGUUCUCAUUGAGUGGCGAAAACUUUCUUUUUGAGGCCGUUUGCAUUAUACAUGUGGUCGUCACAAAUGCAUUUGUGUGGAAACGCAAAUAAAUCAUUACCCGGGCACCCUGCUCAGCGCUGGGAAUGAAAGUGGAUGAGCGCGUGCGAUUGUGUGUGUGUGUGUGUGUAAUACGUGAACGUGUAGCCUCUCGCAGCGCGAGCCCUCUGUUGUUCACUGAGGGAGAAAGACUCUGAGAGAGCGGCAACCGGGAUUUAACCUGAAUCACGUUUUUUUUGGCAUUUUAACAAUUCAACGCAAACUGACGCGUCCUGAGGUCGACGAGACAGGCGUCGACUCUUCUCUGCGUUUUGACGGUUAUCACAGACAUGACUUUACUAACAGUCGCACUGUACACAGUAACGUCCUGAUGUUUUGACUUUUCAAACGUCGUUUUGUAACGUUCGUUCAAUUCUUCUGACGACCUGAACCGGAUCAAGCGAACGGGAAUAACUUCAGCUCAUGUAAACUUUGUAAAUGAAUAUCAGCUCCAGCGGCUCGCUUUUCUUCUCCCUGCCGGGCAUCGCACAUGGGGUGAUACAGAGUAGCUUCCUGGGCCGCUGAGACGUGACAUUGGGCGUCUCAUUUAUUCUGCCCCCGCUGGCCCAGACAAGCUCGGACAGGCUGCCCUCUGAAUGUCUUCCAGUCACAAAGCUGCAGGACUUUGCCCAACCGUCAUCAUGAGCAAAUACUCCCAGUACUUCAACAAAACCCUCAUACAGGUCCACUAUCACAGCGCUAAGGAAAUGACCAAUGAAGAACUUAAGGAGCGCAUCUCAAAUAAAGAAGGCUUCAGUUCUUUGAACAUUAUAUUUGUCAUCAUCUGCAGCAUCAUCAUCAUGGAAAACCUUCUGGUGCUCAUCGCAGUGUUUCGCAAUAAGAAGUUCCACUCGGCCAUGUUCUUCUUCAUCGGGAACUUGGCCUUCUCUGACCUGCUGGCCGGCUCUGCUUAUAUUGCCAACAUCUUCCUGUCAGGACCUCGGACAUUUGAUCUAGUUCCUGUUCAGUGGUUCAUAAGAGAAGGCACGGCUUUCAUCGCACUGGCCGCCUCGGUGUUCAGCCUGCUGGCUAUCGCUAUAGAGCGCUACAUCGCCAUCACCAAAGUCAAGGUCUACGGCUCCAACAAAACCUGCAGGAUGUUUCUUCUGAUUGGAACAUGCUGGGUCAUGUCUAUUCUCCUCGGAGGUCUACCAAUCCUCGGUUGGAACUGUAUUAACAACCUGGAGGAUUGCUCCGCUGUACUGCCUCUCAACUCCAGAUACUACAUCCGGUUUGUCGUCACCAUCUUCACCAUCAUCUUGCUGUCCAUCGUGAUCCUAUACGUUCGCAUCUACCUUAUUGUACGCACAAGCCACCAAGAGGCCACCAACUCUCCAGCCUACGCUCUCCUGAAAACCGUCACUAUCGUGCUGGGCGUGUUCAUCGUAUGUUGGCUGCCUGCCUUCACCAUUCUCCUGCUGGACACAUCCUGCACCGUGAAAAAAUGCCCUAUUCUCAACAACGCCACUAUAUUCUUCAGCAUCACCACUCUUAACUCUGCGCUGAACCCGCUGAUCUACACGAUGCGGAGUAAGGACAUGAGGAAGGAGUUCAUCAGGGUUCUCUGCUGCUGGGGGCUGCUGAAUUGCGGCAGACCUCCGCACCGCUGCAUGGUGCCGCUCAAGAGCUCAAGUUCGAUGGAGCACUGCACGAACAAACACGAACAUCAGUCGACUCCCAUCAUGCAGGACUGCACUACCUGUGUCUGAACUGUGUUCGGAGACGAGGAAAUGAGAAGGUGAGGAGAGAUGAUGGUAUGUGAAGAAUGAAUCCAACACACAGAAGACAGAAGGGUGCAUGCUUUCAAGAAACGAGAAUCACACUUUUUGCAGACUGUUCAAUUCAAAGCAAAUAUCAGACGUGGUACCUUGUGUCUUUUGUUGCUUUAAUUCUUGCAAACGUUUGUGACCAUCCCAGAACAAGACUUGAGCCGCACACUUGACAUUUUGUUAGACCUUGUGGCCUUGACAUCUGUGCAAACAAAACCAAACUCAAAUGGGAAUGAAUGCAUUUUAGCUCUUCAGACAAUUUGUGUGCGUGUAUGGAUGACAAAAAUAAACAUGCAUUUUCCUUCUUAAAUCAAAGUUGAAGAUAUUGCACUUUGUAGACUCCUAGGCAGUUUGCCGUGGUUUAUCUCUCAAAUACUGACCAGUCUAUCAGAAGUCACAUACAAGAUCCUAUUUGAUGUAGGCCGUCAUUGUCAGACACAUAUUAAACUGUAAGGAUUAACAGUGUACUCCAUGUGACCCAAACCACCAUGCAUGCUUGCAGAAAUGUAUUUAUCGAAUUACUUGAUAUACAUAACACCCUUUGAUAACAGACAAAAGUAUUCCGCUUCAUUGUAAUUGCAUGAAAGUCUAACCUGUGUAAAAAACUAGUAUGUAUGGCAAACUUAUGUACAAUGUUACUCUUCAUCUUUUGGCUUCCUGAGCUAACUGUACCUUACUGUUUUAUAUUUCCUUAACAUUCCUAAUGUUUCAUAAGAGGAACGCGAAAGCAGUAUAUAUUUUACUGUACUGUUCCUCACAGCAGCCAGGCCUGUUGACACGACAACGUUGUAGCAACGCUGCGGCAGCGUAUGCUUUCUACUUCGUGCCCUCUUCACGAACGGAACUGAAUAUGAGAAUGAAGUGUUAGGAGCGAACAUUUCGCUGAUCGACAGUAUUAGGCAACAUCAUUCUUCUCCUGUGGAGUAUUGAGGUUUUAGCAACAUAAACAAGAGGGCUCUGUCACUGUGAAGUCUUGAUGACAUGUAAAGUUCAUUAAAAAUGAUCAGAUUAGGACAAACUGAGCAAGUCUGCCAUCUUUUUAUAGGUCGCGUGUCUUCUGAAGAGUUGGAACUUCCUGCAAACAAAGGAAGUCCAGUGUUUCGUAUUCUUCCUGUUGUUUAGGACUGACCUUUAGUAUUCUCAUUUGUUACUGUCAUAAAACGCAAACACUUUCGCCCACGCAGUCGUCCGCGUUCAUUGUAUGAUACUGACAUGUUUUAGUUUCCUCUGUCGGAUGAUCUUUGUAUGUCGACAGAGAAAGCACUUUGGCAGCUCUUCAAAUACCCGCCUAAUGUAUUUCCUUUCUUUUUUGAUUUGCAUGAAGACUUAUUCGAGUCAGUGUGAGCAUCCCUUUCACCCCGUUCAAUGUAAAACAUUGCCUACCCUGUGUUUUUUUUUUUUUAAUAAUAAAUAUAUGAAAGUAUGUAUGUAUGUAUCUAUCUAUGUACAGUUUGUAUGAAAUCUGUAUACGUAUAGAAUGUCUUGUGUGCAAUAGCCUUGUGUCUAGUAGCCUGUGCUUAUUCGGUACCAACCCAAACACUAAUGUAGGUACAUAAACAUUAGUUCAUUCCGUUUUUUUUUAUAAAUGAAAUACAAAAAAAUUA